ACUACAGCCCUUAAUCACUAUUGCUGUAAUUUUGUGUGUAAUAAUGUCUUGUUUGAUCAUGCUUGUGCUCCUGCUUUUCCUUCUGAACCUUGCAUCGUCAGAUAUCAACCAGGGUCAGUUUAGUUGCUAUGGGCUGCUUCAACUGACUAACUCUACAAGCCUAAUAAAAGGUCACAAAUUCUACGAGAAUCCAAUCCAAUUCAAGAACUCCAAAAAUGGUAGUGUUUUCUCCUUUUCUACCACAUUCAUUUUUGCAAUUAGACCGGAAUACGGCGGCCAUGGAAUGGCCUUUGUAAUCUCGCCAAACAAUGAAAUUCCCGCAGCUUCUGCCGUCCAGUAUCUUGGUCUUUUCAAUGAAACAAAUAACGGUGACAGCUCAAAUCAUAUUGUUGCGGUUGAGCUGGAUACAGUUCAAAGCUUUGACCUCAAUGACAGUGAUGACAACCAUGUUGGCAUCGAUAUCAAUAGCGUAAACUCGGUGAAAUCUGCUUCUGCGGGGUAUUACACUGAUGAAGGUGAGUUCAUCAAUGUCAGCCUUGUAAGCGGAGACCCAAUGCAAAUAUGGAUAGAAUACAACGGGGUUGAGAAGCGACUCAAUGUUACGUUGUAUCCCAUCAAUCUACCAAGGCCAAAAACCCCACUUAUAUCCUACAAAAAGGAUCUGUCUCCUUAUAUGUAUGACUCUAUGUAUGUCGGCUUCUCGUCGUCCACCGGUUCUGUUUCAGCUACUUCAUCCUCACACUACAUAUUGGCUUGGAGUUUCAAGAUGAAUGGCUCACCUGAUGAGCUAGACUUGUCUCGCCUUCCAAAGAUUCCACGACAUGAUAACGGAGGAAUCAAGCAAUUAAAGAAGAUUUUGGCUAUCACCCUUUCUUUCACAGGUCUCACUUUAGUCCUCGUAUUGAUUUUCGGGUUUGUGUUGAUCUCAAGGAAGAAGAGAUUCAUGGAGAUUCUCGAGGAUUGGGAGGUUCAGUGGCCUCAUAGAUUCUCAUAUAAAGAUCUAUUCAAAGCAACAAAGGGGUUUAAAGAAAAGGAAGUUCUAGGGAGAGGUGGAUUUGGUAAGGUGCAUAAGGGUGUUUUACCCUCUUCCAACAUACAAAUUGCCGUUAAAAGGAUCUCUCAUGAUUCAAGGCAAGGUAUGAGAGAAUUCGUGGCUGAGAUUGCAACCAUCGGUCACCUCAGGCAUCCGAAUUUGGUUCGACUUCUCGGUUAUUGCAAGCGCAAGCACGAGUUGCUUUUGGUUUAUGACUACAUGCCUAAUGGAAGCCUUGACAAGUUUCUUUACUACCAACCUAAUAGCAGCCUUAAUUGGACACAAAGGUUUAAGAUCAUCAAGGACGUAGCUUCCGCGUUGUUGUAUCUGCACCAGCAAUGGGUGCAAGUCAUCAUUCACAGAGAUAUCAAGCCUGCCAAUGUGCUGAUAGACAGUGAAAUGAACGCCCGACUAGGAGAUUUCGGGAUGGCAAAGCUAUGCGACCUUGGAAAUGAUCCUCAAACCUCUCAUGUAGCAGGCACGCUCGGUUACAUGGCUCCUGAGCUCGCAAGAACCGGGCAAGCAAACACAAGCACUGAUAUAUAUGCUUUUGGAAUAUUCAUGCUUGAAGUUGCCUGUGGUAGAAAGCCGAUCGAACCACAAACGGCACCAGAGGAAGCAUUUCUUGCUGACUGGAUAAAGGAUUGCUGGGAUAAAGGAGACAUUUUGGCGACUAUUGAUAAGAGGUUGGGAAGAGCAUUUGUGGGACAACAAGCGGAGUUGGUGUUGAAGCUUGGGUUGCUUUGCUCACACCCGGUGACAGCAGCUAGGCCUAGCAUGUCCAGCGUUAUAUCGUAUUUGGACGGUGUUGCUUCAUUGCCCGAUGACAUCAGCUCUGUUAUCAAAGUUCGAGAAUUCCCAGCAGUAUCAAAUGAAGUGGGCGCUCCUAAUGAGUUGACAGCCGAGAGAAACACCGUUCCUUCAAUAACAAUUACAGAAACAUUUGUUUCUCGCGGUAGGUGAAGUGGAAAAGUAUCGGGUUUUCUUUAAAAUUAUGAUUGUAAAAUUAAAUAAAAUUUUAAAGCCUUCCGAAUCGAGUAAUAGGGUUUUGUAUAUAUAUUUAAGCAUCAUAAGUAGCAUACUGUGGCUGUUCAUGCCAAUGUCAUUUAGGAAUAUAUUUUAAAGCCUUCCGAAUCGAGUAAUAGGGUUUUGUAUAAUAGGGUUUUUCCUUUUUAUUUUAA